AUGGUGAAAUCAAUUAUUGCGCCAUCUUUGUUAGCCGGUGACUUUGCACACCUUGGAUGCGACUGUCAACGUAUGUUUGAUAAUGGCUCUGACUGGGUCCAUUUAGACGUCAUGGAUGGACAUUUUGUGCCAAACAUUACAAUGGGGCCACCGGUUAUAUCAUGUUUGAGAAAAGCAGUGCCAAGAAAGGAGGAUCAGCCUGGUAAGAACUUCUUUGAUUGCCAUAUGAUGGUCUCCAAUCCUGAACAGUGGGUACCGGAGAUUGCCAAAGCUGGAGGUGAUCAAUACACCUUCCAUUACGAAUCCACCAAGGAUCCUGUUGGAUUGGUCAAGUCCAUAAAGGCGCACGGUAUGAAGGCGGCAUGCGCCGUUAAACCGGGCACUGAUGUCUCUGUCUUGUAUGAGCUGGCGCCAAUGCUAGAUAUGGCUUUGGUUAUGACUGUCGAGCCAGGUUUUGGUGGACAAAGUUUCAUGCCAGAUAUGAUGCAGAAGGUUAGGGACCUAAGGGCCAAGUUUCCAGAUCUCAACAUCCAAGUCGACGGAGGGUUGGGUAAAGGUACUGUUGAAGUUGCAGCCGAGGCAGGGGCCAAUGUUAUUGUUGCUGGAACAUCGGUGUUCAAGGCUGAAGAUCCUAGUGCAAUGAUUUCUUAUUUGAGAGAAGAAGUUGAAAAGAAUCUGAAGAAAGAUUAG